GUGCGCUCACACUUUGCCAUCCAGCCAGAUACAGAGAAGCAAUGGGAGACGAUAACUGAGGCAACCACAAAGAGAUAUACACUGAGACCGACUAUGGCUGUGGACGCUGCGUCCAGCUUCAGCUUCUGCCGUGCAUCCCUGGAGCAAACCGUUUCUGCAGAGGAGCUACGCUACCAACUGCCUCGCCGGUCUAGUCUCACCUGGCAUGAUGGGAGGGGACAGAUGAACACGUACACACGCGCCGUCAAACUACUGCAGCAACCUGGCUCAAAGGGCAUACAGCUGCAUCCAGGAGAAGCCUUCACUGUGUACCACACCAGCCCAACGCUGUCCAGUCUGUCCAAACCAGUGGUGCUGUGGACCCAACAGGACGUCUGCAAGUGGCUAAAGAAACACUGUCCACACAACUACCUAACCUAUGUAGAAGCCUUCUCCCACCACGCUAUCACAGGUCGUGCAUUGCUGAGGUUGAACGGGGAGAAGUUGGAGAGGAUGGGCAUCGUCCAGGAGACACUGAGACAGGAGGUUCUACAGCAGGUCCUUCAGCUACAAGUCAGAGAAGAGGUCCGCAACCUGCAACUGCUCAGCAGAGCCUCCUUCGGAAACCUUUCUUAGCUCGAUCCCUUUCUCCUCCGCUGAAACAAUACGUUACCAGUAGCUAUGGUAGGACCUGCUCGCUCCAGAUAUGUGACAGCAGUACUGGGCUGUAAAAGGAGAGAACUGAAGAGAGAAGAGGGGGAGAGAAGAGUCUACUUUCUCCAUGACAAACAGACUGAAGGAGGAUUCCCAUUCAACAAGGCCAAACUGGUUUAAAGGAGGAGCGACGGAGUGGGAGAGAAAGAGAACUGCUGAAUAAAGGAGCACAGACUGUGACAUAGAGAAAAGAUGUAUGAACUGACGUUGACAAAUCAAUUUGUCAAAUCAAAGUUAUAUUAUAACGACAUGAGGUUCUUGGCUUCUUCUUUCAUUGUGGAUGAGAACUAUUACUAUUAAUUAAUGUAGUACAUUGAUUGAUUGAUCCAAGAUGGGUGGAAAGGAAAUGGGAAACCGAAUGUCAAUGUCUCUGUAUGACUGUAUCACAACCCUGUUCACAAUGUAUCUUUCCCUCUCGGCAUUUUCAUUUUGGAAUAUGUAUAUCGUUUUGAUAGAUCUAAUUCAUACAGUAUAAAGUACAUCAUUGCCUACAUGCGCACCCUCUCCCCAAAGCAUAUUCUCUUCCUUUCUUCUAUAAAGCUGUGUCAUGACGAUGUACAGAAUGUCACCUCCCAGAUCAUCGCUUUGUACUGUCGAUGAACCAUGUCUAUGACAAACAUAUAUAUUUGAACGUUCUAGAGUAAUAUAAUCUGUAGAGCUGAAUAUAAUGUAGAUCUAUCUAAACAUUUAGUGUUUUACCAACAGAGGGAAUUGAAAGAACGUGCUAUGAUUUUGUGUAAAUGUUUUUGCCAUAGCUGUAUUUGAUAAAGCCAUCAUCGGUACAGGGUGUAGCUGGCCAGAAGGAAUGGUUAUUUUCUAGCAGUAUGAGUCAAAUGCCUACAUCUCCCAUGAUGCAGAAAUAGUAUACUGUAGUCACAACUCUAUUGUGUAAAAAAAUAUUUAGUGUAUUUUCCCCUAAUAUCAGAACGUUAGUCCUUGAGGGCUAUCCUGCAGGUUUUCUCUGUCUCUCUCUCUCUCUCUCUCUCUGUCUGUCUCGCUCCCUGUCU